GUGAAUAUUUAAAAAUGAUGCGUUACUGUUAGUUGAUUGGUUACGUUCGAUUUGUAAGGGGAAAUACAAAGAAAACCAUGCUCUUCAUUUACUCGCAACAUUGAUAGCUGUUAGUUUUUAAAUCAAAAUGUCAUGCAAGGAAGCUUCUCCGGUUACAAGAAGUGGCCUUAUAAGUACUAGUGAUGUACUCGGUUCUGGAAAGAAGUUCACAUGGGUUAGCAGACAAUGCCUCCCAUCGAAAAUGGUGAAAAAUGAUUUUAGCGUAUGGGCUUUUGUGAAACAGUGUAUCGGAAAGGAAUUAUCUAAAAUUACAAUGCCAAUAGUAUUGAAUGAGCCAUUAAGCUUUUUACAACGAAUAGCUGAAUAUAUGGAGUAUUCUGAAUUACUAGAUGAGGCAGUUAAAGAAAGUGAUCCUGUAAAACGUAUGGAGUAUGUUUGUGCUUUUGCUGUCUCCAGUAUGUCAUCAAAUGCAAAUCGUAUUGGCAAACCGUUCAAUCCAUUAUUAGGCGAAACAUAUGAACUGCAUUAUAAUAAUUUUGUUUUCGUUGCAGAACAAGUAUCUCAUCAUCCACCGAUUACAGCUUUUCAUGUCGAAUCAGAAAAUUAUCAUCUCCGUGCUACUGUACAGUUUAAAAUCCGCUUUUGGGGUAAAUCAAUCGAUGUUCAACCAAAAGGUUUAGUCACGCUAGAAUUAUUCAAUUAUAAUGAAACGUAUACAUGGCAAAAUGUUAAUUUAACACUACACAAUGUAAUAAUGGGUAAAAUAUGGAUGGAACAAACUGGUUCGUUACGGAUUACAAAUCAUACGCUAGGCAUUUAUAGUCAGUUAGAAUUUCUACCAGCUAAUUGGCUCGGUCAAGGAGCUAAUCGGUUCACGGGUGAAUUAUACGCUCCAGCAUCUUUAAACAACACAAUGAUGCGAUCAGCUUCGUCGAAUUCUUCGUUAAGUGUUAACACAGUUAACCCUAGCAAGUCUAACUCCUCACACGUGUUGAAACGUGUAAUUUUUGGCAAUUGGUGUCGAGGUCUAUUCACUGUUGAACCGAAAAUAUGGAAUGAAAGAGAAGAGGUGAAUGGGAAAAGUAAUCCUACUGAGGCAGUUAAUAAUUCCGAGUUAACUGAUACACCUGAGUAUGGAUUUGAACUACCGCUGACUGGACAAUGUUGUCUAUGGCGUGCCCGACCAAAACCAUCUUGUUCAUCUGAUUACUAUAGUUUCACACAGUAUACAAUUGGUUUGAAUGAGCUAAACUAUGCAGUGAAUUCAUCAGCUGAUAGUGUCACUACUGAUCACAGUAAGCAUGACUUUGAAAUGAAUGCCAAUGGUAAUAUGCUGAAUUGUAUGACGAAUACGCCAGCGAGUGAAAUUCCAUCAAGAAAAAAUUCAAUCUAUGGGAAAUUUUUACCACCUACAGAUUCAAGAUAUCGACCAGAUUUACGUUUAUUUGAAAUGGGUAAAAUUGAUGAAGCAGCUUCUGAAAAACUUCGCUUAGAAGAAAAACAACGUCAUGUACGUAAAUUGUCAAAUCAACGAAAAAACAGUGGUGGGGGUGGGGGUGUUUUCAACUGGACCUUAUCAACCACUAAUCAUCAUAAAACAACAACUGGUAGAGAUUCAUGUCCGAUUACAUCCGAUGCUACUACUACUACUAGUAUUAGUGGUAGUGGUGGUCGAACAAGUAAUCCUUUUCGUAGAACCGUCUCAACUAAUUCCACUGUCAAUUCUUCUUUGGUGAAUAUUAACCUGCCUAAAGAUGUCAAUCCAAUUGUUGGUCCUAUAUGGUUUGUUGAAUCAGUUAAUCCGUUCACUAAACACGAAGAAUGGAUAUUUACUGGAGAAUAUUGGAAAAGAGAUUGGAGAAAAUGUCCAGAUUUGUAUUAAUUCAGGUCUAUCGUUUGCUUUUGUUUGCUUUAUUUUGAGUAGAUUAUAUCAAUACCUACACACACACACACACACACA